AUGUCUGGUGAUGGUGAACUUAAUAUUGAUAGUCUUAUAGCACGUUUACUUGAAGUACGUGGAUGUCGUCCAGGAAAAAUAGUUCAAAUGACGGAAGGUGAAGUACGUGGUUUAUGUUUAAAAUCACGUGAAAUAUUUCUUAGUCAACCAAUUUUAUUAGAACUUGAAGCACCACUUAAAAUCUGUGGUGAUAUUCAUGGUCAAUAUACAGAUUUAUUACGUUUAUUUGAAUAUGGUGGUUUUCCUCCUGAAUCAAAUUAUUUAUUUCUUGGUGAUUAUGUUGAUCGUGGUAAACAAUCACUUGAAACAAUUUGUUUAUUACUUGCUUAUAAGAUAAAAUAUCCUGAAAAUUUCUUUCUUCUUCGUGGAAAUCAUGAGUGUGCUUCAAUUAAUCGAAUUUAUGGAUUUUAUGAUGAAUGUAAACGUCGAUAUAAUAUCAAACUAUGGAAGACAUUUACAGAUUGUUUCAACUGUCUACCAAUUGCUGCUAUUAUAGAUGAAAAGAUUUUUUGUUGUCAUGGAGGUUUAUCUCCUGAUCUUCAAACAAUGGAACAAAUACGACGAAUAAUGCGGCCAACUGAUGUACCUGAUACUGGAUUAUUAUGUGAUUUAUUAUGGUCUGAUCCUGAUAAAGAUACUCAAGGCUGGGGUGAAAAUGAUCGUGGUGUUUCAUUUACAUUUGGUGCUGAUGUUGUAGCAAAAUUCUUAAAUCGACAUGAUAUGGAUUUAAUAUGUCGAGCACAUCAAGUUGUUGAAGAUGGUUAUGAAUUUUUUGCUAAACGUCAAUUAGUAACAUUAUUUUCUGCUCCAAAUUAUUGUGGUGAAUUUGAUAAUGCUGGUGGUAUGAUGUCUGUUGAUGAGACAUUAAUGUGUUCAUUUCAAAUAUUAAAACCAAGUGAAAAGAAACCUAAAUAUCAAUAUGGCGGUCUGAAUACUAGUCGACCAUUAACUCCUCCACGAGCACCAACGGCUCCACCACAAACUCAACCUAAAAUUGGAAAAAAAUAA